UUGACUUCAACUUGAGUUAUAUAUCCAUCCUCCUCCUUAUAUAUUCCAAAUCAAGAACAUUUUCCUAUCUACUUCACUUUUAGCACACUUUCUUGUUUUAGCUAGUCUUCUUCACUCAUUUUCUUCAACUAUACUUAGCCAUGGAAAGUGAUAAGAUGUGGAAUUCUCUACAGUUUGGCAUGGAAAUUCAAGCUAAUGAUCAUAAUUCAAUACCCAAUUGUUAUUACAAUCCCAACUGGGAUAAUUCAAUGGAUCAAGGUGAUCCUUUUGAGUCUGCUUUAAGCUCACUUGUUUCUUCUCCUACAUCAAACCUUGGCACUCAAGGCAAGAAUGGAGAACAACAAAAUGUUGUUUUGAGAGAACUUAUUGGUAGAUUAGGUAGUAUAUGUAAUUCUGGUGAUAUUUAUAAUAAUAACAAUAGUACUAAUACUUCUUGUUAUAAUACUCCAUUGAAUUCUCCUCCAAGAUUGAAUCUUUCUGUCAUGGAUCAUCAAAUUAGAGGUGGGAAUCUGCAGAUUUCAUCUGAUCCUGGUUUUGCAGAAAGGGCUGCAAGAUUUUCUUGUUUUGGUAAUGGGAUUGAUGGGAAAUUGCCAAAAGUUGGGGGAUCUCAGAGAAUUCAAGAAAAUAAAGAUGGUUGCUUGGGGAUGUUGUCAAGGUCAUCAAGCCCAGAAAAAGGAGAGAUUGGUGAUUCUAUGGAGGAGUCUUCAAUUUCUGAGCAGAUCCCAGGUGGAGAAAUUGGACUGAAAGGGCAGAAAGAUGUUAAUGUCAAAAAGAGAAAGGCAGUUCCCAGAGGAAAGGCAAAGGAGACUUUAUCUGCUAAAGAAGCUAAGGCUGGAGCUGAGAAUGAUGGACCAAAUUCGAAAAGAAGUAAAGCAGAUGAAGGAAAUCAGAAGCAGGGUAAGGAAGAUUCUAAGCUUCCAGAGCCUCCAAAGGACUAUAUUCAUGUUCGAGCUCGAAGAGGGCAAGCCACAGAUAGCCAUAGUCUAGCUGAAAGGGUUCGAAGAGAAAAAAUUAGUGAAAGGAUGAAGUUUCUGCAGGAUCUAGUCCCUGGAUGCAAUAAGGUUACUGGAAAAGCUGUUAUGCUGGAUGAGAUAAUAAACUAUGUGCAAUCUUUGCAACAUCAAGUUGAGUUCCUUUCAAUGAAAUUAUCAACGGUCAAUCCUAGGACAGGUUUAAACAUGGAAGAUAUCAUCUCAAAAGAUAUCUUCCAGUCUUAUGCUUCCAUGCCACAAAACAUUUACCCAGUAGAUGCAUCAGCUCAGACGUUCCCUUAUGCAUUCCAGUCUCAGCAAGGGUCGAAUUUACAGAGUAACAUGCCUAAUGGAACUAAGAAUCCAUUAGUCAUGAACUCAUUGACUGCUGCUAUUUGUCGAAAUCCAGGCAUGCUACAGCCUCCAACUGACGGCUAUAACACAGGCAUUCCCUCUCAGAUGUCAUUCUGGGAUGAUGACCUCCAAAAUGUUGUGCAAAUGGGAUUUGGCCAAAACCAACACGAGAACUUUCAUGCCUCUGAUGCCACAAACCAUAUGAAGGUUGAGCUAUGAAUAGUGCUUGUCAGCAUCAACAAAUUGAUUUGAGGCCCCAACUGAAGGGGGAUUUCUGUAUAUACAGCAACAAGGAGAUUCGGAAAAUAUCAUAUCAAGAUAGAAAGAAGCAUUUGUUCUUGUCCAUUCUUGUUUUCUUCCUUAUAGUAAUUUUAUCUGCACCUAAUAUAUAUAUUUUUAGAAAUUUUUGAGAUUCAUCCAUUGUAAUUCUAGAGCUAAUUGCAGCAAAGUGAUGUGCAAAAAGUCUGCAACCACAUGUACUGUAUUGUGAUAGCAUGGUAAUUGGUAACAGAGGUGUUGUAGGGUCAAUGAGAAAGAAACAUCUCAGUGUAACCUUCUGUAUCUUCUCCAUUGUAACCUAACUGUUCAGAAACUUAUAAAUCAUUGUAUUUAUUUACGUCGUGACAAUGUUAUAUCAUUCUGGCAA